GGGAAAAUGUUCUGCAGAAAUGGACAAUGCCUGGUGGCAGUGCAAAUUGUUCAAUGCCGUCUGAGCUGCUAUGGACCAAACCUAGAAAGACCUGAUCACAUAAGACCAGGAUCCAUUGUAAAUGUCACCUAUCAUUGUGACUUUGUACGCAGAGGGCAGUUUGGACAUCAGAAUCUAACAGCUAGGAUCAGAUAUGACAAAAAAGAUUUACUUGGCAAAAUCCGGGGUCUAUCACCAUUAAUAUUCAGUGGGUACCUUACCAAAGUGGCCAAGAAGGGAGAGUUCACUGCCAAUAUUGCAGCAGUAAUGAAGCCAUGUGUAAACUUAAAGCCAUCCUGUCAGGCUAACAGACACUGUUACUUAUAUGCUGGUCAAAAGUAGUAACAUCAACUCAGAAUAUCCACUCGAUAGUAUAAUUAACCUUGACCAAAGAUUGUACUUUAUGAUCUAUCUGAAUAAAAUCACAUUGCAUUGAACAUA